CCUGCAUAGGAAUGUUUGAAUUCUCAUGGCUCCUUAAUUAAAUUCUGUGGGUUUUGCUUAUGUCAAAUGUUUGUCAAAUGUUUUCUUAGAAUAGGUCAUCUUUAAAUACACGCCUGAUUAAUUUGCUACAGUGAAAGUGCUCAGAGGGGGGGUUAUUUUGUAUUUACAGUACUACAUUUUGUUUUGAAGUGAGCUUCCUGGAAUUUUAAGCAGAUGUUUGGGGGGAAAUACCGUUUUUAGUUUGAACUGUUGAUUACUUGCUUGCUUAACACGACCAGAUAUUUUUAAAAAAUAUUAAUUCGCUCACUGCUCCAGAUCUGAACUAAUCUGUGGGGCACCUUGUACCUAGACGAGCCUGUGAUACGGAAAAAUAAAAAAGGGCGUUGCGUUGAUUAUAUCCUCUUGAUUGGUACGAGUUCACACAGGAAUUCCCGGGACCGUGUCAAAGCAUGCUCAGUUUUAAGUUAAGGAAGUAAACUUUAAAGAAAAUCAACCAAAGGGAAAGCUCCACCUCCGCCUCCCCUAGCAAAGGGCUUUGAUGGUGCAAACUUUACACAGAACAUGGAAAAUCCAAAUGCAGCCAUGGAUCAGAAAGAAAAUUUGAUGGACAAGGAUAUCACUCUGACAGUGGUGCUUCCAGGAGGUACAGAGAAGACAGCUACUGUGCAUGGAAGCAAACCGAUGAUGGACCUAUUGGUUGCUCUUUGCAGUAAAUAUCAUCUGAACCCAUCAAGCCACACUAUUGAGCUCAUCUCAACCAACAGAAACCAAAUCAAGUUUAAGCCAAACGCUUUAAUAGGGACACUAAAUGCAGAAAAGAUUAUACUAAAACCUAAAGGCACUGAUGAAAAGAACAAAAAGGCUGUUCCUCAAAUGCCUGAGGCUACUGUUCGUCUUGUAAUAAACUAUAAAAAGACUCAGAAAACUGUUUUGAGAGUUAACCCAAAAGUACCUCUUGAAGAGUUGAUUUCUGCAGUUAGUGAAAAAUGUGAAUUUGAUCCAAAGAGUACGGUAUUACUGAAAGAUGUCCACUCACAAGAGCCCCUGGACUUGUCAAAAUCCCUCAAUGAUCAUGGUAUAAGAGAAGUUUAUGCAAAGGAUGGUAAAGGUGUUGGUUUAACAGAUUUACAGGUCUCUUCAGUACAUCAAGAGAACAUAAGCCAACCAAACAAGGACAAAAUUUUGAAGGAGAAAGAAAAAGGAUUUUUCAGUAUAUUUAGAAAAAGUAAGAAGAAACCUGAUCAGUCUGCCACUGCAAGUGCUCCAGCAUCGCCAACUUUAAACCAGCAGAGGCCUGGCAGCAUGAGCUCACUGAGCGCCCAUGCCUCUAUGUACAAUUCCAAUACACUGCCAUCUGAAAUGCCAAAGAAACGACGGGCCCCACUGCCGCCCAUGAUGGUUUCACAGAGCUUCCCAACAAACCUGAGUGAAUGUCAAACUAACGCACAGCCUGAGGCUUCUCCUACAAGUGAUCAGGAUUUGCCAGGACUUAGCAGAGGUUCAUCUUCAGAGUCAUCUUUGAAAAGAACCAAGAGAAAAGCACCCCCACCUCCAUCACCUCCAAGCAAAAUUGCACAAGAUGAGGAUCUGCAGGACAGGAAUAUUAAAGCUGGGGUAACCUCACCGUGUAUUCUCGAAGAAAUUAAUGAGAAAGAAGAAAUGGUUUGCACAGCUGCUCAGGAUGCAGGUACUACUGCUGUCACUCAAGCUGGAGAGCACAGACCCCACACUUCUGCUGAUGCACCGUCAGACACUGGGAAAAUUAAGCUCACUUCACUGCCCACUGAUGUUGAGAUGCCGAGCUCCUCAACAUCUAAAAGCGAGGAGGAAGAUAAAAUGAAUGACGUAUCCACAGAUGGCAAACAAUCUAUUUACCUUGUAAGCAACAGGGAGUGUGACCAGCAGAUAUUAAAAGUCAGCGAGGAUUCUGUUACUUCUGGUUUGAAUCACGGAGAAGACAGUGAGUCAAGUCCCACUGCAAAAACAGAGGACCAGCAAAGUACGAACAAUGAAAGCAAGAUUGAUAAUAACACAGAAGUGUGUAUAUCUCUUCAAAGUACACCUGCUGACCCCUCCAAUUCUCAGAAGAAAAACGCAAAGCCUGUAAUGCAUGAUGUAGCCAUACAAUCAUCAGAUUUCAGCAGCAAUGGGAGACAUGUCAAAGAGCAGUCAGAUAAAGAUGAAACCGAAGGGAUCUGCAACACAAGGUCUUCACAAGAUAAAGAUAUUGAGAGCCAAAAUACAAUUAAAUCAUAUGCUACGUCUUCUGCUGGAGUUCAAGAUAGUUCUACUUUAACUGAACUGUGUUCAGCUGAAAUGGGGGGAUUGAAAAAGGAUAUGGCAACCUCCACCGAGGAAUUAAGCCCAAGAGAAAGUGUAACAACAUUACCUCAGGUGACAGAAGGGACAUCUGAAUGCCAAAUAGUGGCAGCACAAAGUCCUCCAAUUUAUAAAAAGGAUUCAGAACCUAAGCCAAAGCCUUCUAAUGAGGUCACAAGAGAAUAUAUACCAAAGGUUGGAUUGACUACUUACAAAAUUGUGCCACAAAAAUCAUUGGAAAAACUAAAAUUCUUUGAGGUCCAGUUGACUUUGGAGGUCCCAGAUGAGACUAAGGAUCAGGGGCUAUCUGUUAAUUUUCCAGAGCAUUCAGACAUUCACUUACCAACCAAAGUGCCACAGGAUUCAGUGGAUUACAAAGCCACUGACUCAAAUGGAAUCCACAAUUUCAAACCCAGUAGUGUAUCUGAAGUGAACAGUAACCACACAGCUAAUAAUAACAUAGCUCCUUUCUCACCUUCUCAUGCAGCUCAUGUAAUUUGCAAAGGUUCUUCAAAAGACAGCAAACCUUUAUCUCCCUCAGAAACGGGCAACCUGCUGCCUUCCACAUCGGCAGUAAAAGAAAAGAAAAUUCCACCUGCAACUAAACCAAAACCUGGCUCUUUCCGCUUAUCACAACACAAAAGAACACCUGGGGAUUAUGUAACUUCAGCAGCUAUUAAAAAUGUGAGUGCAUGUUCUGGCUCUGGUCAUAAUGAGACUCUGAGGAGCCCUGGAAAAGAGAAGGAUACAGUGCCUGAAAAGCUGCUUGAUGUAGAAGAUGAAAACUAUUUUCCUCCACCCCCUCCUCCAGUACAGUUUGAAGAAGUAUCAGGAGAAAGCUUUCAGGAAGAGGCUAAGCCUGCUAAUAAGACUGUAGACAUUCCAGCUUCUAAGUUCACAAGGCAGUUCAGUCUUCCCUCUAAAGAGCCAGCAGAGUUAAGUUUAGAGAAACUUAGGAGUUUUGCUGCUCCAAAACCUUAUACUCCUAGCACCCCAUCGCCCUUCGCUCUUGCUGUGUCUUCAGCAGUCAGGCGGACACAGUCCCUAAGCCGGAGGCCUGUUCCUACUGUUCAUACCUUUCGAGGUUUACCAAGCUCAGCCUAUCUUAGGAGGUCAGCAGCAGAACCUGGAAAAGCUUUACUGGAUUCUUCUCCGGAACGUGACCACCAGGACCGUAAAGAAGGAAAAAUGAAAUUGCCCAUGGAAGAGCACAUCUGUAGGAGCGAAGACAAUGGCAUUCCUGUUUUAGCUUCACACCCAAGUGGCCAAGGCAUGUUCCACAAGACUUCACUGGAAGCUGUGCAGUCUGGAGAUGUAGCCGCCAAACAGAAAAAUGUUCCCAGUGUUUCAGAUGCAGUGGCUGUUAAUGGAGGCACAACAGCAGGUCACCCUGCUACACAAGUAGAGUGACUGUGUGUAGAACUAUUCAGCCAUCUUAGUGACGCAGCAUGCAGAGUGAUCAGAAGACAGUUCGUAAUAGUCGACAGUAUGAAAGAAAAUGAAAGGUUGGAUAUGAGGUCCUAGUGGUGUAACUGCUGUUUUUUUAGCCAUUUCUUUCUUCGAUGAAAAUGUUUGGUGAUAAAAAUUAUUACUAAUUAAGUCUAAUAUUUUGCAAGAAGUGCUUAUUCUUUAAAAUGUAAGAAUUUGGUUCAUGGAGAAUUUAUGCUCCAUUGGGUUUUCUGGUUUUAUAAAUAUAUAUGUAAAAUUCAAAUUUCAGGUCUCGUCUAAAUAUGACUGAAAACGUCCCUCUGUUAUGUUGCCUUAAUGUAUUUUUGUUUCAUUUAAAUUAUUAGGGUUAAAUGUAAGUUGUAAUUUUCCUCCACAAAAAUAUGUAGAUUUUGAGAUGGUCUGUUGGAGUGACAUGAAGAUAUGGUACUGAUUUAUUCAAGUUCUUCAAUAAAUUUAUAUCCUUGAAUUUUAUUAUUUUUGUAUUUGAUUAUAAUAAACCUGAAACUGUAUAUCUCUGAAUGUACUUCCCAAUCAAUAACUGGUUUGUGUUUAUAUAGAAAUAACCUCCUCAAAAUACAGUUGUAAAUUUCGUAAUCU